AUGUGCACCAUCGGCUCAGAUCAGCCUCGUAUGCCCGUACUAGUCGGCAUGGGUAAUCCUCUAUUGGAUAUCUCCGUCAACACUGAUGCUGAGAUCCUCGAUAGGUACAAGCUCCAGCCGAACAACGCCAUUUUAGCCGACGACUCGCACAUACCACUCUACCCCGAAGUGACCAAAAUGUCCGGGGUGGAAUAUAUAGCCGGCGGAGCGACGCAGAAUUCUAUGAGAGUUGCCCAGUGGAUGCUUGGUGGCCGAGGUGAUGCUGCAUUCAUUGGAUGUGUUGGAAAUGAUCAUUAUGCGAAAAUCAUGCAAGAGAACUGCCAGAAGGCCGGAGUGAUCACUCGAUAUCUCGUUGAUGAAUCUACACCCACUGGGACUUGCGCUGUUCUGGUCACUCACGAAGGGCAAAUGCGUUCGUUGGUCGCUAAUUUGUCUGCUGCUAUCAAAUAUGAUCACAUUCACAUUCACGAUGCUGAAAAUUGGAAACUUAUUGAGCACGCACGUAAGCUGAUAUAG